UAGCACCUAAUUCGGGACCCAGAAUAGUGUAAAUUCUUGGUAGUUGGUAGUGUAUUCCUAUGGAUUCUCUGGAAAUCGUCAAGAAAACAUGCUAUUCGCCGUUAGGAGUUAAAGCAAGAGCAGCUCAAGUCGGAUACUUUGAAGACGAGUUUAUUGAUAAAUUUACAGAGCCUGUGGAAAAGUCAAAUUUCCUUAAUAUCCUUCAUGUGGUUCGAGUUAAUGCAUUUCGGAGCGUUUUGGACAAGUUCGUUGAAUCUUUUCCGGGCCAAACUGUCCAAUGUGUUAAUCUUGGCGCUGGAUUUGAUACCACGGCAUUUUGGUUGAUCCGUAAAUACAACAAUGUUGUGUGUUUUGACACUGAUUUCGAUGACCAAAUGAAGGCCAAAUCUAAGGUUAUGGUUGAAAAUGAAGUUUUCAAGGAACUUCUACCCGAUCUCAAGCUGGUAGAUGGAUUCGUUACUUCAAAUAAAUAUAAAAUUGUGCCAUUUGACUUAUCGAAUGUUAAUGAAUUUAAGAACCUUGUUGAUUCGGGACUAUCUCCAAAAUAUCCAACGUUGUAUUUGGCUGAAUUUGUCUUUUUAUACGUAAAAUCUGAAGUUGUAAAAGAGUUUGUUGACCAUUUGUAUGAUUUUUCAAGUGAAGAUUCUGCUCUUAUGCUUUCAGAAUCGGUGAGUCCAAAUUUUGAUAUCUUUUUUAGAUGUUUGUCCCCAGUGAAGUUGCAAAAUAUUACGUUAAAAUCAUCGGGGUUUGUAAUAACACAAUAUAAAGUUCAGAGUUUAGGGAGAAAAGUCUAUGGCCCAAUGGAGUAUCCAAGCGUAGAAUCACAAAUCCAAAGAUAUAGUAAGCGUUGGAAUGUUAAAAUGGUUUGCUAUAAUGAGUUCUACAACAUGAACACUUCAGAGGAGGAGAAAAAGAGAAUUAUAGAAUUGGAAGACUUUAAGAAUAUGAGAGAAUUGGGAGCCUCGUUCUCACACUUUAUGUUCGGCCUGUUAUAUAAGGAAUAUCAUAAGUUGCCUGGUGUUGUAGAGCUCUUUACUGUUAAGGAAAACUAUGAUUACGAGUCCAAGGCUCCUUACUUUAUCCCCUUCGGCGUUAACUUUGAUCCUAACACUGAAGUCGACUUUCAGUAUUUCAAAACUGUCUGCUUUGAUAAAAUCCCACGAGAUGACCCCGAAUCUCAAACCAUUGAAUACGAUACUAACUAA